CUUCAGUGUCGUAUUCUUUGCUUGCGAGAUCGAACGGCACAGACAUCAUCAUCAUAAGCAUUCCAACAAAGGUCAUUUUCGCGCUUGGAAGCGAUACUUACAACGAAGUCUCUUGACGUGGUUUCCCUGGAAUUCGUUCAUACAACUUCUGGUGUAAUUUUUUCACAUUCAAUGGCAAUCGCGGUGCUGAACAACGACCGUGCGGCGGCCGGCAACAGUACGCAAAAGGAGGACGUCGUCUUCCGCGUCGCCUUGCUCGGAAAUGUUUCCGCCGGAAAAACGACUCUCAUCAACGCACUGCUUCGCGAUCGUUACGGAGAAGUCUCGAAAAAGCGCUGCACUGCGGGGAUCAACUUUUUCCACCUGGACCUGCUGGCAGGACAAUCGCAAUCGCCAAAUGCGGACGCCGGCGCUGCAGCGCCCUCGGGUCGUGGAGCGGCCUCCUCCUCUGCACGCGGCACAGGAGGAGCAGGCCACAGCUUGUCGCUCGAGGACGAGCUUGACCAGAUUGACGUGCAGUUAAUUCACCAGAAAAUCACCCAGGCAAACGAAGUGCUGCGGGCAGACCCGAAAAUUGAAGAGAAGCACUUUCAUGUUUCUACAACCGAGCCCCUGGUUACCGUCGAUGCAGACUUGCGAUCGCGGGCGUCCUCGGUGAAACUGGUGCUCAUUGACGUGCCAGGGUUAAACGAACAGGGCAGUGCAGAAACGUACAAAAAAUAUGUGCGGGAGGAACUUUUUCCGACUCUGGACAAGGUCAUCGUCGUGAUGGACGUCGACCAGGGAGUGAACUCGACGGAACAAGUUGGGUUGCUCAACUUCGUGCAGGAAUGUAUCCGAAGUGUCUCGGCAGUUACACACCAUUGGAAUAACCCCCUGGUCAUCGUCAACAAGGUGGACGAUCCUGCAGAUGCGGUGCACGACGAGACGAAAAGCAUGAUCCAGGAAAUCGAAGCCGAAGUGGCAAAAAUUUUCGGGGACUACACAGCGCUGCACCGGUGCAUUCCUCUUUCUGCUGAGCUCGGCUGUAUCUACAGAGUUGCCGCCGGCCUCAACUUGCAAGAUUUUAAAAAGUCUGCUGUCUGCCAGGAUGAAAGGUAAAAAUUUUCGAGUGCUGUACUUACGUCGAUUCGUAGCGGUCGUGGCAGGCAUCCAGUCAGUAACUGCAUCUGAUGAAGACGAUCAUGUCACGAAUGAAGAAUGAAUGCUUUCUGAUCAACAGCAGUGCGCUACGAGCAACAGAAAUUUCCUGAAAAGGUAUCUAAACAAGAUCGGACCACUCGAAAUUGGUGUAGCGAAGUGGCGAAAACUGAUGAAAGACAAGAAAAUCGUCGAGGUGCACAAGAUUCUCAGCGACAGGAGCGAGUCGAGGCAGCGGCUGAAAGAUGCGAAUUUCCUUGCGUUAAGUGAUAUGCUGGAGCACGACCUAGGAGCAGACGCGCAAAAAGGUUUACUGCAACGACAGGUCGACUACAAGCUUGGAACACUUUCGCACAGUCAUACUCGACCUGAUCGCGCCGUUGCGAACCUGUUGGAAUGCGUGCAAUCCAGGCGGGUGGUCGACACGCCAUUGUCCAACUUGGAAGUGAAGGGGGCAUUCAAAACCUGUUGGAACGAGCUGCGGAAAGACGCGCUGCAGGAGCUUGAAGAACAGCGAAAGACCGAAAAACUCAUCCUCUGCAUCAAGCAGCUCGAAGAGUUCGGAGACGAAAGGUACCUGCGCAAGUUGUUUGCCUCGGAUGGAGCAGCAGCUUCCGACAUGCAAGCCGUUGUUGCCGCUACGCGCGCAGAGUUGCGUCAAUGGAUCAUUGAUCUGCUCAAGGCCAAGCUUGUCAUCUUGGAGAACGUUACGCAGAAGAUAGCGCACAACGCAUCUUCCCCCCACAUAAACGGGAAGAUUCCGGAGACCAUACCAGAAGGGUGGGCGAGUUGCGAUUUUUCAGCGUCCGUUUUUCGUCUCGCAAACCUGAUCCGGUCAACUCGCCUUGCAGACGGGGCUUCAAACGGAGCGCUUUCGAAGUUCUGCGGAACCGUGGUCGUCCGUAUGGAUCGCCUUUGCAGCAAUUUGGAAACUUUCCAAGCAAUCCGCAGAAACAUGACUAACGGAAACACGACGACCCCAACACAAUCCCAUCCUUAUGGCGUUCUGCCGUGGGCGUCGGGAACAUAUGAUCCGAAUGCCUACGAGUGGUCCGCCAGUAAAUGGCCCUUUCCGGAACCCACAGCUUGGGGAGCGGCAGAUGUUGGUGUCGCGGGUUGCAGAGAAGCCCAAAUUGAAGACAUUCACGACGACAUUACCGACCCGCGUCACUGGGGGCACUUCGAGUACCGUUGCGGGACAUUGUUGCAGAAGAUCUGCUCCUCGAGUAGCAGUGCUGGGUAUCUAGACGAGCCUGAUUCUGAGCCGACCGGAGGCGGUGCCAGCUCUGCUUCUGGCCCAGGAGCAAAGCGACGCCGCAUCGGCUGAAAACAGUGCCUCGCAAGAAUUAGCUCGCUUUUAAUGCAAUAGCGAGCACAUUUACACCAGAAGUAGCUCGCUUUCAAUCCAAUCCCGAGCAGAUUUACAAGUCGGUUCCAGAUUCCUGGGUUGAAAAGAUUCUGACUGACAAUAGCAAUUGGUAGCGUGGUCGUCAUCCGCAAGAUGGCUCAACAAAAAAUGUGACAGAUUUACUUAUCGUCAAAUACAUUCUGCGGGACCGGGAACGGGAUUUUCUACGUGUUCCCAACAUCGUUCUUCAGCACUUGUUCUUCCUGAAAAAAUAGGCCUUUGCACCAACCCGCAAGAGUCAACAGUACGUGGAUAUGAUGUGAGAGUUCGAAAGAGAGAGAGACAAAGAUCGCACGACUAGCACAGCCUCCCUGGUCACUGUGAUAUCAACAGGAC